UCAUCGGUGUGCGCAAGCGAGAGCGGAUCAUGACGAGUAGUAAAAGGAGUGCGCUUCUGUCUUCUCUCGCGGCUUAUGGAGACGAUUCAGAGCAAGAUUCAGACCCAGACCCAGACUCAGACGAACCAGAAUCAGAAUCCCAUGGCGGAUUGGUGUCGGCCAGUUAUGGGGUGGAUGACGUGAGUCGCGUGGAGGAAGAAGAUGAGAAGGGCUCAGAGAAUGAGGACAGUGAUGACAGCGCCAGAAAUUCGGAAGAGGAGGAGUCAGACUCAGGGCGAGCCCAAGACAAUGUGAAGGACGUCCAGGAAUGGGAGACCAAAGACCCCCAAGAGCUUGUUGCACAGUUUUCUGAGAAGGUUCGGAACAUGUCUCCUGAUGAGAUCAAAAUUCCUCCCGAACCACCUGGGCGUUGUUCCAGUCAUCUGCAGGAAAAGAUAAUUAAACUUUACGAACGGAAGCUACAUGAAGAUUUCGAUACGAACAAACAUAUUCAGAAGAAGAAAGAGUUCCGCAACCCAAGUAUUUAUGAGAAGCUUAUCCAGUUCUGUGGCAUUGACGAACUUGGAACCAACUAUCCAAAAGACAUGUUUGACCCCCAUGGCUGGUCGGAGGAUUCCUAUUACGAGGCAUUAGCCAAAGCUCAGAAAGUGGAGAUGGACAAGCUGGAAAAAGCCAAAAAGGAGAAGACCAAGAUUGAGUUCGUGACAGGCACCAAAAAGGGCACCACUACUAAUGCGGCGGCCAUGACCACAAAUACAACAACUGCCUCAUCUGCAGCAGAUGCCCAGAAGAGGAAGAGUAAGUGGGACUCCGCAGUACCGGUGACCCUGGCACAACCUGCCCUUCUCACCACCACUACCACCCUCCCUGGUGUCGUCUCUGUGACCACAACAGCUAGUGGCACCAAGACUACAGUCAUCUCUGCUGUGGGAACCAUUCUGAAAAAAGCUAAGCAAUGACACGGCCCUGUCGGUUGAUUUUUUUUAUUUUUUUUAUUUUGUUUAUUAUUUCAGCAACAAAGUUGGUUUUAAUUGUCUGGAAACUAUUUCUAUAUUCUGGAUGUGACAGCACAGAGACAGUCAGACACAAACUUCGACUAUUUCGACUGCAUUUGUCUGAUAUUUGUUGAAGCUUUGAUUUCUUGGUUGAAAUAACUUUAUCUUUGCCUAGAGGUUUUCUACUAAAUUCAUUUAUGUAAAAGUUAUCAUACGACUUGAAACAUGAAAAUCGGGGAAAAAAAUGGUUUCUCAUCAAACAUGCAACAAUUUAUCACUUAUGAGUAAUUUGCUUUUGUUUGUUUUUUUCCGUUUAGUAACCAUUCAGUGUUUAAUAGAUGUCUGGUCAGUUUUGCCUAUCUAUAUUUUCCAUUUUUAUGUCUUGAUGAAGAUUUGGGAGAUGACACACACAACACCAACUAAUCAUCUGUCACGAGUAUACAGUAGUAUCUUAUUACAACAGUAACAGAUCAGGCUAUUUGAUUGUAUUUAUGAGGAGAAAAAAGUAGUUCUUUCAAUUCCAUGCAAGUUAAUUUUUUUACAGAGUUUUUCCCCCCUGCAUCAUUCUACCUUUUUAUUUCAUUUUAGAAAGGCAAAUAGGUCUUUUUUUUUUUUUUUAAAUACUUGUACAUAUUAAAAUGAGUCAGUGCCUUCUCUAUAGCACAGUUCCAUGAAAAUAAAUUUUUUUGUAUAAUU